UAUAGAUUUCUUUAUUUUUCGGCAAAAAAUAAGGCAUUUCAUGUCAUUUCAAGGUAGCAUCAACAAAGAAGAAACAGCAUACUGUAGAAAUGAAAAAGAAGAUGAUGAAAAAUCACUGAAAAAUAAAGAUCUCUGGAUCAGCAAUCCAAAGGAACCAAAGACAGACGAUGAAAGUGGACCAAGCGAAGAGGAACAUUACUUUGAUUCUGAUGAAACUGAUGUUGCAAUUGUAAAUGAUAUAGCCGUGAUCAACGACAACCCUGAUCUACCAGUCUUGACAGUUCGCUCUAUUAUCACUGGGUUGAUUCUGUCCAUCCUCUCUUCAUCUGUUUCGCAGCUGAUGCAGUUCAAACCAGUAGGCAGCACAUUAACCAAUACAUUUCUGCUGAUUGUAGCCUAUCUAAUCUGUUCUGCCUGGGCCAAAUGGUUACCACAGCACACUUGGUUAAACCCUGGCCCGUUCAACUAUAAGGAGCACACGUGUAUCUACAUCAUGGUUUCAUCUGCCAAUACCUCAGCCUAUGGCACACUGGUGCUAUCCACUCAACAGCUAUUUUACUCUAACACACCAGGUCCAGCUGGCUCUAUCUUCUUUUUACUCGCUACUCAGCUUGUAGGCUACGGCAUCGCUGGGCAACUAAGGCCAUUCUUGGUAUAUCCAUCCAACCUUAUCUGGCCAACAUCUCUUCCUCUUGUUUCCGUUUUGAACACUUUUAGUGCAAAAAGUGAAGAAGCCAGAUGGCGUACACGAUUUUUUUUUAUUGUUUUCUUUGCCAUAUUUGUCUAUGAACUCAUACCUCAAUACAUGUUUCCCCUUCUUGGUGGCCUUUCGAUUGUAUGCAUUGCUAGACAAGAUAGUAGAUGGGUGAAGAAUCUUUUUGGUGGUCUAAACCCCAAUGAAGGUUUGGGCAUGUUCUCGUUUUGUUUCGAUUGGAACCUUCUGUCUAGUAUCAGCCCUCUCGUGCUUCCCUUCUGGGUGCAAAUGAACAUUCUUACUGGUAUUCUUCUUCUUUGGUUAAUCGGUCCGCUGGCCUACUACUUUAAUGUAUGGAACGCUCAGAGCUUCCCAUUUUUAUCUAAUAGUAUAUUCCGACUAUUUCCUAACGGCACUGCAGAAUAUUACCCACAGGGGCAAGUGCUCAAUAGUGACAAUACGGUGAAUCAGACAGCCUUGGCUGAAGUUGGUAUACCAGUAUACUCUACUAUUUAUGCCAUUAGCUACGUAGUCGUCAACAUGACCCUUACUGCGACCAUAUCUCAUGUUUUUUUAUUUUAUGGAAAGCAAAUUUAUGAAACCUUCCGUAUCCUCAGGACCAAGCUUUCUACUGGGGACCUUGACAUACAUAUGAAGCUAAUGAAGAACUAUCCUGAGGUCCCUCAAUGGUGGUACUAUGGUGUCUUUAUGGCAGGAAUUGCAGUAAAUAUAGGUGUUGCCUAUGCUAAUCACAGUGGUUUCCCUUGGUGGGGAUGUAUUCUUGCAAUCGGUCUCUCUGCCAUACUUUCUCUUCCGUUAAACAUGAUUACUGCCAUUACAGGGGGCGGCAUUGGACUAAACGUCUUUGCAGAAAUGAUUGGAGGUUUUGUAUUGCCUGGCCAUCCAAUUGCAAACAUGUACUUCAAGACACUCGGCUACAAUACUCUCUCACAAGCUGGUGCAAUGGCCAGUGAUUUAAAGAUUGGCCAUUACAUGAAAGUGCCUCCUAGAAUGACAUUCUUAUAUCAAAUGCUCGGCACAACUAUCGGCGCUAUUUUCAACUAUGUUAUCAAUAAGCUUAUUGUUGAAAGCAAAGCAGAUGUACUACUGCUACCAAACGGCAACCAGUUUUGGAACGGCGCUGGCCCUCAAACAAUGAACUCUGCGGCCAUGACUUGGGGUGGUAUUGGACCGAUGGCGAUGUUUGGCCCGCACAGCCGUUAUAGCAUGGUCCUGUGGGCCUUCUUUAUCGGCUUUCUCUUACCGGUUCCCUUUUGGGCUUUACACAAAAAGUACCCUAAAGCUGGUUUCCAGUAUGUAAAUAUCCCUAUGAUUGCGUCUGGAUACAUGAUUAUGCCUGGUUCGACCACAUCUUGGAUCACAUGCUCCUACAUUAUUGUUAUCUAUUCACAGUUUUAUCUUAAGCGGCGAUACACUGCAUGGUUUGCAAAGCACAAUUAUCUAAUUUCAGCUGCUUUAGAUUCGGGCACAUCCAUUAUGGUGUUUUUGCUAUCUAUGACCGUGCAAGGAGGCGGUAGUGGUGUCCCUUACCCUUUCCCUACAUGGUGGGGUAAUAGACAGGACCUUGCGGAAGCAGGGCUGUAUCCGGAUAUGUGUUGUGCUAAAUGUAGUUCUUAGUGUAAUAUUUUCAUAAAGAUAUCCUUUUCAUGAUCGCUUUGCUCUCUUUUUCUUUUUCUUUCUUUAGAAUCAAU